GUUUCAGCUGUGGUGCGUCAGCAACAGCUGCCCUGCAGGCAGACCCACACUGGCUGUCAGGAUCCAGAACCGCGUCCUCAGUGCCGGACGACGACAGGAUUUAUUCUUCGUCCACUUUAUUGGAUUCUGUUGCGAUCGUUUGCUCUAUCGUGCCAGUUCCUUCUAAGCUGACCCCGGUGUGGCGGUAUCCCUUCGCAAUGCCAAGAUGGCGCCCAUGCUCCCUCUCCCAGGCACCGAAGCGUUCCGCCUCUUCACCCGGGAAUCGCUGGCGGAGAUCGAAUGUCUCAAAGCGAAAGGGGAGAAGAAGGCAGCCCAAGUAGAUGGAUGCAAUGAGGAGGAAGAAAAGGCGACCCCCAACGCUGACCUGGAAGCUGGCAAGAGUCUGCCGUGGAUUUACGGAGACCCUCCAGCAGAGAUGAUCAACACACCCUUGGAGGACCUGGACCCCUUCUACAAGGCCCAGAAGACAUUUAUUGUGAUCAGCAGGGGCAACACGAUCUACAGGUUCAACGCAGAGCCGGCGUGCUACCUUCUGAGCCCCUUCAGCCCUGUCAGAAGAGCAGCCAUCAGAAUUCUCAUACAUUCAUAUCCUUCCUUUCAAUUAUUCAGCAUGUUCAUCAUGAUCACCAUUUUGUCCAACUGUGUCUUCAUGACCAUGAGCAACCCACCGGCGUGGAGUAAAAACGUUGAGUACGCGUUUACCGGGAUUUACACCUUUGAGGCCACGGUCAAAGUGUUGUCCAGAGGCUUCUGUAUUGGCUCUUUUACAUUCCUUCGAGAUCCGUGGAACUGGCUGGAUUUCAUGGUGAUCAGCAUGGCAUACAUCACUGAGUUUGUUGACCUCGGUAACGUGUCCGCCCUCAGGACGUUUCGUGUGCUUCGAGCCCUCAAAACAAUCACAGUGAUUCCUGGUUUGAAAACCAUUGUGGGGGCGCUGAUCCAGUCUGUGAAGAAAAUGGUGGAUGUCAUGGUCCUUACGGUCUUCGCUCUCGCGGUGUUCGCCCUGGUGGGCCUGCAGCUGUUCAUGGGGAACCUGCGGCACAAGUGCGUGCGCUGGCCCAUCCACACCAACGAGACCACUGAGUGGUUCAACAUGACCUCCACCCUGGAUGACUUUGCCUUUUUAAAUGAGACAGCGGGCAUCAACGGUACUGAUUACUCCAACGGUACCUUCGAUUUCGUGGACUACAUCGAGAACUCAGAGAACUAUUACUUUCUCGAGGGCAGCAAAGAGCCUCUGGUGUGUGGUAACAGUUCUGACGCUGGACUCUGCCCGGAUGGCUACACGUGCAUGAAGGCUGGGGGGAACCCAAACUUUGGCUACACCAGCUUUGACUCCUUUGGCUGGGCCUUCCUGGCUCUCUUCAGACUCAUGACGCAGGAUUACUGGGAAAAUCUCUUCCAGAUGAUCCUGCGGGCAGCCGGGAAAACAUACAUGCUCUUCUUUGUGGUGGUGAUCUUCCUGGGUUCCUUCUACCUCAUCAACCUCAUCCUGGCUGUGGUGGCCAUGGCGUACGACGAGCAGAAUCAGGCCACGCAGCGAGAGGCCAGGGAGAAAGAGGAGGAGUUCCAGCGGAUCCUUGAACAGCUCAAGAGUCAGGAGCAGGCUCAACGUUCUGGGAGUCAAACCUCCCUGAGUAGUAAGAAGUCACUCUGUCGCCUCUCUGCUUCAGAGCAGGCCAACAACGAUGAGCAGAGCCUCGAACGUGACGAAGCUAUCAAGGACUGCAACGGCAAGAUGGUCCCUCGCCUCGGCAUCCAAUCGCAGACCUCCGACGAGUCUGCUGUAGAUGAUGAGCUCAGGGAGAAGUCUUUAGGCUCUGUGCACAGCAUGCUUCAUAUGGACGAACCGGGCCAGACGCAGAGGUCUUCUAGCGCCAUGGAAGAGCUGGAGGACGCCCAGAGGCCGUGUCCGCCGGGCUGGUACAAGUUUGCCGACAUUUUCCUCAAAUGGAACUGCUGCGCUCCGUGGGUGGCCUUCAAAAAGCGGGUGUACUUUGUCGUGAUGGACCCGUUCGUGGACCUGGCCAUCACCAUUUGUAUCGUGCUCAACACGCUCUUCAUGGCCAUGGAGCACUACCCCAUGACCCCCGAAUUUGAAGACAUUCUGUCCGUGGGGAAUCUGGUUUUCACCGGGAUCUUUACGGCGGAAAUGUUCUUUAAGCUCAUCGCCAUGGACCCCUACUAUUAUUUCCAAGUUGGCUGGAACAUUUUCGACAGCAUCAUCGUCACGCUCAGCCUGGUGGAGUUGGGACUGGCAAACGUCCAGGGUCUCUCAGUCCUGCGAUCCUUCCGCCUGCUUCGUGUCUUCAAGCUGGCCAAGUCCUGGCCCACGCUCAACAUGCUCAUCAAGAUCAUCGGCAACUCGGUGGGCGCCCUGGGGAACCUGACGCUGGUGCUGGCCAUCAUCGUCUUCAUCUUCGCUGUGGUGGGCAUGCAGCUUUUUGGGAAGAGCUACAAGGACUGCGUGUGCAAGAUCUCCGACGAGUGCGAGCUUCCGCGCUGGCACAUGAACGACUUCUUCCACUCCUUCCUCAUCGUGUUCCGCAUCCUGUGCGGGGAGUGGAUCGAGACCAUGUGGGACUGCAUGGAGGUGGCUGGAGCCGGGAUGUGUCUCAUUGUCUUCAUGAUGGUCAUGGUCAUUGGGAAUCUCGUGGUCCUGAACCUCUUCCUGGCCCUGCUGCUCAGCUCCUUCAGCGGAGACAACCUCUCCACGGCAGAAGACGACGGCGAGAUGAACAACCUCCAGAUUGCGGUGGGCAGGCUCACGAGAGGCGUGGCCUGGCUCAAAGCGGGCGUGGUGGGGAUACCUCAGAAGAUACUGGGCAAGAAGGCCAAGGCGACCGAUGAGGCCCGCAAAGACAUCCAGGACUCCAGCGCCGAGGCAAUCGAAAUGGACUUUGCGGACGGCAUUCCAAACGUCAAAGUGGCUGACGGGUUUUCCAACAGUUUGGUGGAGGGACGGGCUUCUGGUGUCACUGUGUACGGAGAGCUGGGCUUUAUCGUGCCCAUCGCUCGGGGAGAGUCGGACAUAGAAACCCUGGAUGAAGACGAUGACUCCGGUGACUCAAGGACGACCUGUGAAGAGAACUUUCAUGACGGUGAACCGGAAAAGGACAAAAAGAGUUUUCCUGGAGCAGUCAAACUGAUGGGAGUGCUGACCGACGGCAGCGAUUCAUCGGUGUGCAGCACGGUGGACUAUCAACCGCCCGAGCCGGAACCGGAAGAAAAAGAGGAGGAGGAGCCGGAACCGGUGGAGCCGGAAGCCUGCUUCACUGAAAACUGUGUGAGGCGCUGGCCUUGUCUCACCGUAGACGUCAGCACAACCGGAGGCAGGAGAUGGUGGACCCUGCGGAAGACCUGCUUCGCCAUUGUGGAGCACGACUGGUUUGAAACCUUUAUCAUCUUCAUGAUCCUCCUGAGCAGUGGAGCUCUGGCUUUUGAAGACAUUUACAUCGAACGUCGACGAACCAUCAAAAUUAUUCUGGAAUUUGCCGAUAAAGUUUUCACCUUCGUUUUCGUCAUGGAGAUGCUCCUGAAAUGGGUCGCAUACGGCUUCAAGACCUACUUCACCAACGCCUGGUGCUGGCUGGACUUUUUCAUCGUGGAUAUUUCCCUGAUAAGUUUAGUCGCCAACUGGAUGGGUUUCUCCGAGCUGGGGCCCAUCAAAUCCCUCCGGACCCUGAGGGCACUCAGGCCUCUUCGCGCCCUGUCCAGAUUUGAAGGCAUGAGGGUGGUGGUGAACGCCCUCCUGGGAGCCAUCCCCUCCAUCUUCAAUGUGCUGCUGGUGUGCCUCAUCUUCUGGCUCAUCUUCAGCAUCAUGGGAGUCAACCUGUUUGCCGGCAAGUUCUACCGCUGUGUCAACACCACCACUGCAGAGCUUUUCCCCGUGGCCGAGGUCAACAACAUGAGCGACUGCGUGGCCCUGCAAGAGGCCACCCGGGAAGCCCGCUGGAUCAACGUCAAGGUCAACUACGACAACGUGGGGAAGGGCUACUUGUCUCUGCUUCAAGUGGCAACAUUUAAAGGUUGGAUGGACAUCAUGUACGCUGCUGUUGACUCACGAGAGGUGAAGGAGCAGCCUUCCUACGAGAUCAACCUCUACAUGUACAUUUACUUUGUCAUUUUCAUCAUCUUUGGCUCCUUCUUCACACUCAACCUCUUCAUUGGUGUCAUCAUUGACAAUUUCAACCAGCAAAAGAAAAAGUUGGGAGAUAAAGACAUCUUCAUGACGGAGGAGCAGAAGAAAUACUAUGAAGCCAUGAAGAAACUUGGCUCCAAGAAGCCACAGAAGCCCAUUCCACGUCCCACAAACUUCAUCCAGGGCUUGGUGUUUGACCUCAUCAGUCAGCAGUUCUUUGACAUCUUCAUCAUGGUGCUCAUCUGCCUCAAUAUGGUCACCAUGAUGGUGGAGACGGACGCUCAGAGCCCAGAGAAGGAGGACUUCCUCUUCAAGGUCAACCUGGCGUUCAUCGCCGUCUUCACCACCGAGUGCGUGCUCAAGCUCUUUGCUCUGCGCCAAUACUUCUUCACCAACGGCUGGAAUGUCUUCGACUUUAUCGUCGUCAUCUUGUCCAUCGCUGGCACGAUGCUCUCUGACCUGAUCGAGAAGUACUUUGUGUCUCCGACCCUCUUCCGGGUGAUCCGACUGGCCAGAAUCGGCCGGAUCCUGCGUCUCAUUAAAGGAGCCAAAGGCAUCCGGACGCUCCUCUUCGCUCUGAUGAUGUCGCUUCCCGCCCUCUUCAACAUUGGCCUCCUGCUCUUUCUCAUUAUGUUCAUCUUCUCCAUAUUUGGCAUGUCCAACUUCGCCUACGUCAAGAAGGAGGCUGGUAUUGACGACAUCUUCAACUUUGAGACGUUCGGCGGGAGCAUCAUUUGCCUCUUCCAGAUAACCACAUCGGCCGGUUGGGACGGGCUUCUUCUUCCCAUGUUGAACAGGGAGCCUCCCGACUGCGAUCCAGACUUCGAGAACCCCGGCACGGAUGUAAGGGGCAACUGUGGCAGUCCCGGCAUGGGGAUGGUAUUCUUCUGCAGCUACAUCAUCAUCUCCUUCCUGGUGGUGGUGAACAUGUACAUCGCCAUUAUCCUGGAGAACUUCAACGUUGCGCAGGAAGAGAGUAGCGACGCGCUCUGUGAGGAGGACUUUGAGAUGUUCAACGAGACCUGGGAGAGGUUUGACACUGAUGGAACCAUGUUCAUCGAGUACAGCCGCCUCUCGGACUUCUGCGACGCCCUGCAGGAGCCGCUGAGGGUGGCCAAGCCCAACCGGCUCCGCCUGAUCGAGAUGGACCUUCCACUGGUAAUCGGGGACCGGAUCCACUGCCUGGAUGUCCUGAUGGCCGUCACGCAGAUGGUUUUGGGAGACACGCUGGAAAUGGUGGCCAUGCGGGAAAGCAUUGAGACAAAGUUCAUCCAGAGCAACCCCACCUCGGACUCCUUUGCGCCCAUCACCACCACCGUGCGCCACAAGGAGGAGGAGUGGGCCGCCGCCGUCAUCCAGCGAGCCUUCAGGAGCCACCUGCUGAGACGCUGCCUGCGCCACGCUGCCUUCAUGCAACGCUCCAAGAGGAGAGGCGGACAGGAUGGAGAUCCGCCUGAGAAAGAGGGACUGAUUGCACUGAAGAUGGAAGCUCUAUAUGGCAGCAACACGGACCUUGCAGAGAAGAAGGCGUUAGAAACUCUGAAAGCAGAGGUGGCACCAGAGAACCGAGGUGGUCCUGAAACUCCCAGGCCAGAUUUCCUGGUUGUACCUGUGGAAAUCACCAAUGAGGUGUUGCUACAUUCUGCCCCUGAUAGAAGCCUCAGAGAGUCGGUCAUCUAAGAAAAACACUAGAAGAUCAUUUGUUGCCAUUAUGCUGUUUCCUUCAUCUCAAUGACUUGGCCUUGUAGGAGGACCUUCGUAGGAUCAAAAGGAUCUGUUGCACCUGCAAUUGUUUUAAACAAAAUAUUUUAAUUCAAUGAUGUUUCCUUCAUCUCACGGACUUGGCCUCGUAGGAGGAUCCUCGUAGGAUCAAAAGGAGCUGUUGCACCUGCAAUUGUUUUUUCAAACAAUAUUUAAAUUCAAUGAUGUUUUUCCAAUAAAAUCCAAAGCGUGGUUUCCUGAUGCAUGCUCGGGCCUUCAUUUCAAUCACAAAGAACCUUCUUGAGACAUCUAGCUAGCAGUGUCGUAGCCCUCCAGAGCAGUCCGAAGACUACUUUUGGGGGUGGGGGGUACUAAAACUGGGACUCAAGACUAAAACUGCAGCAACAGCAGUGCUUGGGCUCAACUAUUCAAAGUCUUGGUGUUGACUUGGUGGUCUUGGUCUGGUCUUGAUCUCAAUUUCUCAAACUCUUUGUCACGAUCUUGAAUUGGCGUCAUCUACUCAAAGUCUUGACUCAGUGCUGACCGAGUGUUGUAGUCCAGAUCACAUGAACCACCUUGCAAGGCAUAUCACAUUGCCUGGGUCUUGGUCUGGUCUUGAUGUCAGUUACUCAUGGUCUUGGUGUUAACUCAAUCUCACAUUGCCCUGGUCUUGGUCUGGUCUUGAUCUCAAUUCGUCAGAGUCUUGAUCUUGAAUUGGUGUCAUCUGCUCAAAGUUUUGGUCUUGACUCGUUUCUGACCUGUUUUGGUUUUGAUUUUGACACUAAAUCAUAUUGCCUUGGUCUUCAUCUAGUCUUGAGUUCAGUUACUCAAGGUCUUGGUCUUGACUCAGUCUCACAUUGUCCAGGUCUUGAUUUCAAUUCUUCAGGCUUUGUCUUGACCUUGAAUUGAUGUAAGUCUUGGUCUUGAUUUUGACCUGUUUUGGUUUUGAUCUUGACUCAAAAUCACAUUGCCUUGGUCUUGGUCCGGUCUUGAUCUCAUUUACUGAAGGUCUUGGUCUUGAUCUUGAAUUGAGCUCACCUGCUCAAAGUCUUGGUCUUGACCUGGUUUUGACCCAUUUUAGUCAUGUUCUUGACUCAAUGUCACAUUUCCUUGGUCUUGGUCUAGUCUAGAGCUCAAAGACUCAAAGUCAUGGGCUUGACCUAUUUUGGUCUUGCUCUUGAAUUGGUGUCAUCUACGCAAGGUCUUUGUCUUGCUUUGGUUUUGGUCUUGUUUUUGACUCAAAUGCAGAAGUUUUAGUCUUGACUUGGUCUCACAUUGCCAUGAUCUUGGUCUUUAGUCCUCAAAUUCUUCUCAUUUUGCUCUUACCUCCUCAAAGUGUUGGUCCUAACUUUGUCUUGACCUGUUUGGGCCUUGUUCUUAACUUGGUCUGACAUUUACUUGGUUUUGGUCUCAACCUCCCUUUGUCCUGGUCUUGACUUGGUCUCACAUUUUCUUCAUCUUAUUAUAGUCUUGGAAUUCCUCAAAGUCUUGUUAUGGGUUCAUGUGAUCUGGACUACAACACUUCUAGCUAGUUCGAGUCAUCCAAAGCAGUGGACUCUUUAGUUCUCUUUAAUUCUUUAGUCUGUUCGUUUUUUUUUUAGCUGCUGAUGAAAUCAACACACCAACAUGAGAUUACGCGAAGACAGCUUGAUCUCAAUCACAGACGUGCUAACCGUCAAUUACUUUGUUUCUGACUGAUCCAAGUCCCAAAUGACUCGAUGGCGAACAUGAGAGGCCGUUGGUGGCCAGUUAGAGGCCGCUAACGAACGUCCCUGGAGGCUGGAAUUAAACAAGGCCCGCUUGAAUAUUGCACUAUUUAUUUUUAGGCCGUCCAGGUCGAGUUGCAGCUGAUGUCCAAGAGAACAAGGAUCAGCGCGCGUGAUGGAUGAUUUUGUUUCAUCUUUGAUGUUUACAUGACCGCCCCCAACUCUUCAGACGUGACGAGCACGUUGCUUUUGUAGGCGUGUGGAAGCGUUCUUUCACUUUCUGUCUUAACUCGCUUUAAAAUGUCUUACUCGACACACACUGUUGUGUUUCGUCGUGUUAGAAAAGUGUGUCCUUUAGGGGAAGAAAUGAUGGUUUUGCAUUCAGGCAGUCGUUUCUGUCUUGAGUUUGAACUUGACCAGCUGCUGCACCUGUGAUGCUCACGAAACUUUGUUUACAUUUGGGAUGCAGGCAGGAAGUUUCACUGCUGUAUAAAUCUAUAUUCUGUAUGUUUUGUAGUGUAUAUUUGCUAUUGUAAAAAAACAUUCAGUUUAUCCAGAAUAAAGUACUUG